UCAGAAUGGGCUUCACUUUCUGUCGUCUGCAAUGUUAGCGGCGGUUUUUUAUCCUUGGAAAAAUCAAAACUUUGAACCACAUCAUAGCUAUUGCAGUCUUUUUUGUUCUAGUUAAUUCCAUGUUCACCCCAAAAAGUUAAGUUUGUUUAGCUAUGGCAGAUUCAGGAAAUAAUUCUAGAGGUAAAGAAAGAGGUGGGUUUCGUGGUAGAGGCAAUAACAACUGGAGGUCUAAUAGAUGGAGAGGACGUGGAUAUCAAAGAGGCCGAGGAUCAACAAGAAACAAUGACAACAAUAACGAUAUUAGAGAUCCUCCUUCAAACCAAAAUAUUCAGUCUUCUGACAGCGAGACACCAGCAAGGCAGAGGAAUCGUAUAAAUCAGCAUUUCCCACCAGUAUCUUGUCCAUAUAAAGGGUGGAAACAUUACUUCCCAUCAGAAGAUUUUGUUCCAACUACGAGAACAGUUCAAAAAAUUAAUUGGUCAAUUGAGUUAUUUUCCAAUCAAGAAGACUUGUGUGACUUCAGUGCUGCAGUAGAGAAUGGCGGAUUUCCCCUAGAUUAUAAAUUCUUGAUUGAAGAUCAAUACUUUUGUGAAGUAUGGCCUCAGUUCAAAGAUGAUCUAAUUAAUACCCCUACAAAUACAUUAGCAGUGCUGAGUCUAGCAAUGUACCAGCUGCUUGUGGAAAAUGCCGAAAAAGAUGGGAACGCUGACGCGGAGGAUGACCUCUCUCAGAGAAGCAAACUAGCAAAUGACGUACCUUAUAUUCGUGCUCGAUUGAUCAACUACAGAAAAAUUACUCCUCUCAAGAAUCUUCGUGCUGCCCUUUUCGGAAAGUUGGUCGCCGUGUCUGGAACCUGUGUGCGGGCAUCCAACACCACUCCUCUGUGCCUAUCUCUAGCAUUCCAAUGCCGCACAUGUUCGGGCGUAAUGACUUACCCUCAAACUGAUGGGAAAUAUGAAUCACCACCUCGCUGCAUCUUAGAUAGGGAUAGCUUGCAGUGCACUGGAACCAACUUCGACCCUCUCAGAAGUUCGACCAAAAACGUAACGAUAGAAUGGCAGUCGAUCCGCAUUCAAGAAAACAGUUCCGAAAAUCUCGAAAUAGGCAGGAUUCCACGGUCAGUCGAUUGCGAAUUAAUGGAAGAUCUGGUGGGCACUUGCACUCCGGGAGAAGUGAUCACGGUGAUUGGCAUUGUUAAGGCUGUUAACGUGACAGACUCCGAUCGUGGAUCUAAAGAUAACAGCAUGUUCACCUACUACAUUGAAGCGGUUUCCAUUCAUAACCAAGACCGGGGAAGCAAGGCUGAAGCCGAAACCGAGCCGUUAAGUGAAACAACGUCUUCAUGUACUGGACUUCUGACGUUUAACAUGAAAGAUUACCACGCAAUUCGGAAAAUUCACGAAGAACCAAAUCUAUUUGCCUUUCUAGUGGCUUCGCUAUGUCCUUCCAUAUAUGGCAACAAUUUAGUUAAAGCAGGACUGCUUCUUGGUCUCUUCGGCGGUAACAAUUCCCCGAUAUAUGCUUCGAAAGGUCCGUUUUCGAAAAGAGCCGACAUUCAUGUUUUGAUCGUUGGUGAUCCUGGUCUCGGGAAAUCCCAAAUGCUCCAUGCCUGCUCUAUGGUUUCUCCACGAGGUGUUUUCGUGUGUGGUAACUCAACGACGAAUUCCGGCUUGACAGUUACUCUAACAAAGGAUGGAAAAACAAAUGGUAACGAGUACACUCUAGAAGCUGGCGCUCUGGUAUUGGGAGAUCAAGGAACGUGUUGUAUCGAUGAAUUUGAUAAAAUGAGUGGACAGCAUCAAGCUUUAUUGGAAGCUAUGGAACAACAAAGCAUAAGUUUGGCUAAAGCUGGCGUUGUUUGCACUUUGCCUGCACGCACGUCCAUUCUUGCUGCCGCCAAUCCGGUGGGAGGUCAUUAUAACCGAGCUAAAACAGUAUCGGAAAAUAUUAAACUUGGACCAGCGCUUCUCUCCCGUUUUGACUUGGUUUUCCUCUUACUAGAUCGACCGGACAUGACCGUAGAUGUGAUGUUGACUGAACACAUUAUGGCGUUGCAUGCCGGAAAAAAAUCUAUUAAUUCCAAUGCGUCUAGGUCCGCCGACUGGAGAAAUUCGUCCUUGGUCAGUAGUUCAGAGGAAAAUGAAAACACUCUCAAAGCUCGACUUGUUUUGGAUGAUGCCAACGCAGAUCUUCUACCAGCGCCUUUGCUUAGGAAGUAUAUUGCUUACGCUCGGGAAUACGUUCAUCCUGUAUUGAGUGAAGAAGCUAAAAAGGAAAUCAACGAUUUUUAUUUACACUUGCGCAUGUCGCAAUACUCCAGUGAUUCGACUCCAAUCACUCCUAGACAGUUGGAAUCCCUUGUGCGACUUUCUCAGGCGCGUGCUAAAGCAGAGCUACGCAUAGAAGUGUCAGGGCAAGACGCCCGCGACGUCAUAGAGUUGGUGAAAACUAGCUUUGACGACGUAUUCAAGAACGAAUUUGGUGCACUGGAUUUCAGCCGCUCACUAAAUGGUUCGGGUAUGAGUUCCCGCAAUAAAGGCAAGCGAUUCGUCGAAUUCCUUCAAUCCUAUGCCAGCAAGAAUGAUAAAACAACUUUCAAACUUGACGAACUGAAAACGCUGGCAGAUCAAUGUGGAGUGGGCCAAAAAGGAAACUUUAAGCAAUUCAUCGAAACACUAAAUAAUCAAAAUUAUUUGCUGCACAAGGGAGGUUGCGUUUAUAAGUUGGUAACUUAAAUUGAGUUCUUGAAAUGGUCGGUUGGUUGAUGUGUGUACUGUGAACAAGACGUGCACGAUUACAAAAGGUUGCCAAGAAAUUGAAAUAAACACUGAAGAUUUGAAAGUAGUA